AUGUAUUUGGGAAAGUAUCGGUUCUUCACACUGCGGCUGUGUAAACAAAGUUCUCUUACAGAGUCUCAGGUGACUCAGAAGGUGAAAGUGGAGCCUCAUCACAUUUUCAGUUUGCACCAGGAAUCAAGAAACAACUUAGUUUUUUUGGAUGAGAAAACCAUCAUUUUUCCUAGUGGAAACAAUUGUGUGAUCUACAAUGUCCAUAAGCAUGUGGCUAAGUUUAUUCGAGGACUAAUGCUAUACCAACAUGAGCAACAGGGCAUACGUGCUCUGGCUAUUAGCCCUGACCGGCGCUACCUGGCUGUGUCAGAAAGUGGAAUACAGUGCACUGUCUCUGUCUAUGACUUACAAAGUGAAGAGUGCACUAGUGUGCAGAUACUGAUGGCCAACGGCUUCAGCAUCCAGGAGUUUGUUUGUAUGGCAUUUUCUGCUGAUUCCAAGUACCUACUGUGCCAGGCUGGAGGACCCGAGUGGAACCUCUUCUACUGGGAGUGGGAGAAGGACAAGCUCAUUGCCAUCGUAGAGACCACAAAGCUUGGCUUUGUCAAUCAGGUCAGCUUUAAUCCAGUGGACAACACACAGAUUUGUGUGAGCGGAAGUUACGUCUUCAGCGUUUUUAAACUAGAGAACGACUGCCUGAAAAAGAUCAGCAUGUUUUCGGUUGACUGUGAAUGCAUCAAGUCCCAUGCGUGGCUGUCUGAGAAUAGCAUUGUCUCAGGGACGAAAACGGGAAACCUCCUGCUGGUGAAGGAUGAAAUGUUGUUUAGUCUGACGAGUCCUUCUGAGAGGGGUAUCACUACCAUCACGGCAUACUCUAAAGGCUUUGCCUGUACAGGCAGCCUGGGGGAAGUUUGUAUUUAUGAGAAAACUGGGGAGUAUGGCUAUACAAAAACCCUGGUAAUAAAAAUUCCUCAGGACCCGUGCAGCAGUGAGCCGAGUGUGUCGGCACAGCAGGAGGUCAAAUCAAUUUGUCUGAGCCCCUCAGAGGAGACGCUGGCCAUAAGCACACGGCAAGGCCAGAUCUACCACUUCAACCUCGCCUCUGUUGAGAAUAGACAGAGUAAGCAGGCCAACUUUGAGUACCUGUUCCACUUAAUUCACUCAGGGAGCAUCACAGAUCUGUCCGUCUGCUUCUUCAAACCCCUCUUCGCCACCUGCUCAAAGGAUAACUCCGUGCACAUCUGGAACUACAAGACCAAUUCUCUAGAGCUGCAUCAGCAGUUUCCUGAAGAGCCAAACUGUAUCUCACUGCACCCAAAUGGCCUCUCCAUUCUGGUGGGCUUCUCUGAUAAAGUCCUCCUCAUGAACCUGUUGGUUGACCAAUUCCGCACUGUUCAGGAGUUUGACAUACACGACUGCAGUGAGUGCGUCUUCAACCACGAUGGCAACCUGUUCGCCACUGUCAGCGAAAACCUGAUAAGCAUCAUCAACUUCAGAACAGGAGGAAAAGUGGAGCUGAAAGGCCACAAUGGCAAAGUGCAGUCAGUGAAGUGGCGUGAAGACUCCUGUUACCUGGUGUCAAAUGGGUUGGACGGCACUGUGUUUGAGUGGAACGCUCUGACAGGUGCCCGUAAGUCUCUAAAGACGCAGAAAUCGUUCUCCUUUACAGACAUGACGUUCUCGGCUAGCAAUAAGAGCAUCAUCUCUGUAGGCGAUUCCAUGCUAAAGGAGUUCCGAGAUGGAGAGGUCCUAAGAGAAAUUACCUCAGUUAACGAGACCUACACAGCCAUCUCCAUGACUCAGUCUGGCCAGGCAGUCUUUGUAGGGACGUCUGCCGGCAUUCUCAGAGUCGCUCAGUACCCGUUUGAAGAGGAGAUAUCCUGGACGGAGCUUCAGGCACAUUCUGGUCCCAUCACCAAAAUGGUCGUCACGCCUGGUGAUCAGUAUCUGUUGACUGCCUCAGAGGACGGCUCCCUGCUUAUCUGGUCAAUCACUGACCAGGAUGGAUGCAAGUUGAGCAUGGUGAAAGAAACAUGCUUUACCGAGGAGGAGGAGGAGGAGGAGGAGGAGAAGGACGAGGAGGUCCUCUGUAGCAAGGCUUUUCUAGAGAAAAAGGACCAGAGAGUACUUGAGGUUCGUGCCCAGAUGGAGUUGCUAAAGGAGGAGAUGGAUUGCAAGCUUAAUCAGACUCACAUGGACUAUGAGAUAAAGCUUGACAAAGUCAGAGAGUGCUUCCUCAAAGAGAUUGAUGAUCUAAAAGGCAUAAUCCGGAUGCUGAAUACUGAGAUGGAGGAACAGAAGGUUUCUCAGAAGAAGGCCCUGGCUGAGACGAUAGAGAAACAUGCUGAAGAGCUGAAGGAUCAGAAAAAAAGAUUUGAAAAAAAGUUGUUAAAAUGCUACAACAACCGGCUUACGAUGAGGCAGAAAUACGAGCAGAAACUAUGCGAGCAAGAUAAAAACCGUUUCCAGACCAGUAUGGAUAUGAAACGGGGCUAUGAUCAGAGGCUUCAGCAGGAACAGGACAAGACGAGGUACGCUGAAGAGAAGCUGAAGGAACUGCAGGAGAAAGUUGACUCCAACUUCAAAGAUGUCUUUCUCCAAAAAGAUCAGGAACUGCAGGCAGAGAAGGAGACCAACGAGCGUCUACAGGAUGAAAUGAAGCUCAUGGAAAAACAGGUAAUGCAGUUCUGGAAGGUAAAAGGAGAGAUUCAGGAGCAGUGCCUUGACCUCACUCGGCUCGAGGCUAAGGUUAUGGAGAUAAAUGUCAAGGACAAGGAGACCAUUGAACGCCUCCAGCAAAAGAUAAAAAAACAGGAAGAAGAGCUGUGCACAGAAAAGAAGCAGGUCAGAAACAUGAAGGCUCUUGUGCAGAGGAUGAAGGCCGACAUCAAAAACUGCUCAAGUUUUGUCGACCAGCCGCACCAGCUGAAGGCAAACUUCAUCAGACUCGAUAAGUCCUACAACCAUAAACCGGAUAUGAGAUUCAGGGUGAAGUCUGAGGUCGUUCAAGAGACCAGGCAGAGGGAACAGCUGCAAAGUCCAGCGGUUUCUCUGGAACAAAAGCAGGCUGUGGAGUCCAAAACUCAGCAAGCAGAUUGCUCCAAGAUGCUGAAGCAGCUGAUGGAGUUUGAGUCUGAGGAAGCACAGAAGCUCGUGAACAAGGACAGUACAGCUGAGCUCGCUGAAUUCUGCCUCAGAUACAAACAGGAGCUUCAGGCGGCGCAGGAGACCUGCAGCCAACUUAAAUAUGAAAUAAAGCUCAUGGAGAAACAGAUGGUGCAGUUCUGGAAAAUAAAGGAAGAAAUUCAGGACCAGAACCUCGAGAUCAACAUGUUAAAGGAGGAAGUGCAGAGCCUGCAUGACCAGCAUAUGGACGGGAAGAAACUCAGGAAGGAGAAGGAGCAAAAAAAGCCCGUCCAGAAGCAGGAAGUCCACUUCCAAGACUUAGUCGAGAUGCACAAGACGAGCAAAACACAGAACAAGGCGGAUUUAAAAAGGAUCAACAGCCAGUUAGACGAAAUAUUUAAAGACAGCAAUAAACAGAUGCGACAAACAGCAGAAACUAAUCUUGAGGAAGUGAAGAACAGGAUCGAAGAGAAAAAACUGUUCUUAAAAAAGCUCAAGUCUGAGGUGAAGGAAAUCAACAGCAAGAACCAGGAGACCAUACACAACCUGAAGGAGGAGCUGAAAGUCAAGGAUAAUGAGUUAUGUACAGAGAGGCAGAGGAUUAAAAGACUAAAGGCUUUGUUGGACAGGAUCAAGGCUGACAUUCAGACCUGCUCAGACGUCAUCCAGCAGCCAAAACUGCUGAAGGAGAGCAUCCUUAAGCUCCACAAAAGCUACAUCAAAGAGGCUGAGAUAAUUGCCAUGCCAACUGAAGAAAAGAACCACAGAGGAAGGACACGGGACAGCAGGACUACAAAGAUUCAUGCGCCUGGCAGCACAUCAGUGAGGGACUCACUGAAAAGUGGAAGAAGCUCCGUGACCCUGUCCAAGUCGCCAUACAUGAGGAGCCAAACGCCAAAGCUGGAUAUUCUUAAAAUCAUGGACCUUCCACCCAUAAACACUAGAAACAUCCAGUGAUUGCAAGGGUGGUGUUGAACACUCAGAUGUAGGAUAUAGUGGGAGGGUCCUGAGCUAUCUCCAGGAGUGCUCCAC